CUAAAAUUCCAAUAGCCAACAAAUUACUUUGAUUAAAUAUUUUUGAAUUUUGCUGAUAUGCCCUUCAACAUUUCCAGAGGCGGUUACGUUACACACAAACACAGUCUACUCAGUUCAACAUUUGCGCUGCUUAAGAGAUUCCUCGGCGAAGCCUCCUGCUUUUCCGAACGUUCACCGUUAAAUCUCCGCUUUAGUUAAAUUACACUGUGGUACAAAUGGGGCAACGAGGUGAUUACGGAAGGAGAGGUCAUGCACUAUCUGAUUAUUCUGGAAAUGAAGGAGGGAAACGAACAAGUGGGGUUGAUGAAAAGGAACAAAAUUCGAUUGGAAUGGAGCAUACAGUUUAUCGUUAUUUAUGCCCGUUGAGGAAAAUAGGGAGCAUUAUUGGUAUUGGUGGGGAUAUUGCCAAGCAGCUGAGAGCCCAGACUCAUGCAAGGAUAAGGAUUAGUGAGACCAUCCCGGGCUGUGAUGAACGGGUUGUCACCAUCUACAGCUCGAGCGAUGAAACCAACAGUUAUGGAGACGAGCAAGUUUCCGCUGCACAGGAUGCCCUGUUUAGGGUGCAUGAUAAGGUGGUGGCCGAGGAACAGCCUAUGAAUGGCACUACAUCUGAGGAACCCUUGCAAAUCACUGUGCGAUUGCUCGUUCCAUCAGAUCAAAUAGGUUGUGUGAUUGGUAAAGGUGGGCAUAUAGUUCAAAAUAUACGUAAUCAGACUCAUGCUCAGAUCAGAAUCUUGGGCAGCGAGCAUUUACCGCCUUGUGCUCUGAGCUCCGAUGAGCUCAUCCAGAUAAAUGGCGAAGCCACUGUUGUGAAGAAUGCCCUUUAUCAAAUAGCUUUUCGUCUUCAUGAUAACCCCUCCCGGUCACAGCAAUCAAUAUUGACUUCGCCAAGCAUAUAUAGAUCUGGAAUUUCAUUUAAUAAUCCGAACUUUGGUGGGCCGCCUCUGGGUGUGACCUCGUUGAUGGGUUCUUACAGGAAUUACAGAAAAGACGGCAGAGAAUGGUCUUCUGUUGCCAGAGAAUUCUCCCUUCGUUUAGUUUGUCCAACUGAAAAUCUUGGUGCCGUGAUUGGUAAAGGUGGCUCUGUUAUUAAACAAAUAAGACAGGAGACGGGUGCGUUUAUAGUAGUUGAUAGUUCUGGCGCUGGCGGAGAUGAUUGUGUUAUAUCGGUUUCUGCUAAGGAGAUGCUCGAAGCACCUUCUCGGACCAUAGAUGCAGUAAUGCGGUUGCAACCACGGUGCAGUGAGAGAAUAGAAAGAGAUUCAGGUGAUCAUGCGAUCACAACUCGUUUGCUAGUUUCUAGCUCAAGAAUUGGAUGCAUCAUUGGCAAAGGUGGGGCUAUUAUAAAAGAGAUGAGAAAUACAUCUAGAGCGAAUAUUCGAAUUUUCUCUGAUGAAAAUAUUCCCAAAGUUGCAUCCGAAGAUGAUGAGAUGAUCCAGAUAACUGGAGAACUGAAUGCUGCUAAAAAUGCAAUGCUUCAAGUAACACAGCGGCUGAGGGCCAACAUACUCGAGACCGAUGGAAGCUCGUUAGCAUAUCCUAUACCUGCUCCACCGAUUGAGGCAUUUGAAGGGCAAGCAUAUGUAAAUCGUGAUAAUAGAACGCAUCAUCAAGGAUAUUCAACCUACUCUGGUGGAUACAGUACAAAGACCUUGCCUCAAGCCGACAGUAGUUAUGGGAGCUACAAUGAUCCUCGGAUGGUGAGAGGAAGCGGUUAUGAGGCAUAUGCUGCUUAUACGCCUUGUCAGUCGACUGGGGCCAGCUAUGGUGUAUGAUGGUUGAAGGUCCAUGGUGCCCUAUUUGGCGAGGCCAGCGGUACAAGUCAAGAAUAGAGAACCGGAUAAACAGGACAUGAUGGAACUACUCUCAAUGUUGCACCUGAAAGUCCUCGAAAAGUUCAUGUUUCAAUGAAACUUGUUGGCUGGAUUUGGCUUAUGCUUUUAUAUAUUAAUAAUAGAAACCGCAUGAGCUCGUUUGAGUUUUCUCGUGGGAUCCAGAUUUUGUUUAGACUUUUACUGUUAGCCCAAAGUUUUGCUUAAGAUUUAUUGAGCAAUCACUUUGCCCUCAGCUAUGUAUUUACCACGUUUUGGGGGAAAACUCUGUUGCUGCUUUCAGGUUUAAUGAAUGGUCUUGAUUUUUAUUAUAGUUGACCUAAAA